AUCUGACCUCCCUCUCUCGCAGACAUUCGUCAAGACGAGGCCCCUUCCACUCCGCUCUUCACCCUUCAGCUCUAUUUUUCUCCCCAUCUCAACACGUCUUCAUGUCUCUCCAUCCGCGUGCACUCUCACUCAAGUCCCUCAACUCUGCGGGGUUUCACAAACUCCCACCGGAGUUGACCAAUUAUAUCAUUGACAAUUUUCAUGAUGACUUCGAUUCCCUCAAGAGCGUCGCUCUGGUCUGUCGCGCUUGGGUGGCUUGGGCCCGCAAACAUAUCUUCUUCUCUGUCGUGCUAGCCAGCGAUAGUAAGGCGCAUGCGUUUCUCGCAGUCCUUCAAUCCUCCAAAGACAUUGGUCGCUGCGUCAAACAGCUGAAGAUGCAUAUUUCCACUGAUGACCACGCCUCUACAUUCGAAGAUGUCAUGAAGCACCUCAACUCUGUUCGCAGUCUUAGAAUAACGGCAUUCGAAGUACCUUUCAAUCUCGAAAUAGUCAAGAGCGUUGGGCCAGUGGAGGAGUUGACGAUGGAGUUGGCCAGCUUGGAGAUCCUGGACUUGAAGGGUGUCCUUUUCGCGUUUCCUAGACUAUCAAGUCUGGUUUUGCAUACCUCUCCCGGCUGCCGUAUUUGCGAUGUUGCGAGUGACUCGCCUACGUUCCCUUUGAGGAAACUGAAAAUCACGGCCCCUGUUCCGAAUCCAAGAUAUUCUCAAGCUCCUAUCCUUGUUUUGCCGAAGUUGCUUCAGCAUAAGUUGCCAUUGAUAGAAGCUUUGACGUUGGACCUCGUUACCGACAGAGAUCUGUUCGCUCUGCGCGAAUUUCUGCGCACACACGAAGGCAAUAUCAAGCAUCUCGACCUGAGCUUCAAGUACACCGUAGGUGACUCCGCUGUAUCCUCACUCGCGGACGUGCUUCGUGAGAGGCGCAUGGACAUCAGAAGUCUCGUCGCUGCUUUCCAGUCAUCCGACGUAGAGCGCGUCGUCGUCGUCAUGUACCCUUUCGUAAGGUGGUAUCAUGUCCUGCGUUCUCUGUUGUCAUACUUUGACGGUGGAUUCACUGCGGCGUCUUCUCUCGUCGUCAACAUUCCUCUGAAUUAUGGGCGCAGAGAUGCUCACGAGAUCUGGGAUGCUGACCUCGCUCGACUCAAGGCGAAGUGGCCUGCGUUGUUGGCGAGAGGCAUUUUGAAGAUUGACUUGUAUGAUCGUGAAAACAAGAUCUAA